AUGCAGGUACAGUUACGAGUCUAUAUAGCACUCAAGACAGGGGUCCUCGAUCAUUCAUCUUUGAAGAUGAUGAUACGCGCGUUGCUAUCGUUGCUUUUGGCGAGUCUGUCGAUAGUCUCGGUCCUGUCCCAAGUGAUGUCUUACGCGAAAGUGUCGAGGAACGGGCAGGAAGAGGUGGAGACCAGGAAUGAUCCUGUGACGUGGAUCGUCAGUAAUGGAACGCAGAGUGAGUCCAGGAGCAUCAAGAACAUCGCGAUCACUAUGUCACCCGUGUACGUCACGCCGAAAAUUUCGGGGCUGAAGAACGGAGAGGCGAUUAAUUAUUCGCCUGGUGGAAGAUACUCGACGUUGGAUCACGAACUGAUAGCACAAUUGAACGCGAAGAAGCAGAUUCAGGACAGGUAUCACCCAGCUCCUCUUAAUACCUUCAAAAGCAAGGAACCCAUGAGCGACACGAAGGAAAGCCCGAAACCUGCCAGUCGCCCUAGCAGUCCACCUACUGGUCCAUCGUCCUCUGAUAUAUUCGACUUUUCUAAGCCACCGUUUUCGGAGACCUACGACUACAAACCACCUGAUUACCUGAGCAGUAAGCCGAUUUCCAAACCGCCGGAUUACCUCAGUGACAAACCGAUUUCGAAGCCCCUGUCGAUGGACGAUUACGCAGAUUCCGAGAUGAGUGACAAGCCACCAGAUUCCUACAAACCGGAUUCCUACUACGCGUCCCACGAUCACGACUCCGAGUACUCCGACUAUUCGCCAGACACGUCUUACAACAAUGACGCGGCACCCAAACCGAUGCAGUAUUCCACUCAUCUGGAUCAUCCUCCAUACGAGGACGACGACCAUUCUUCUUACGGUCACCAUCACGACUUCCAUCACGAGGUGAUCUACGACCACAUACCCGACUACCACGACCACACCGAGCAGCCAGAAAUGAACGACCAGAGACUGGACAAGAGGCCUUACUCCUAUUACUACAUAGGCAAGAAGCUCUGGUACGUUCCCCUAUACUUCAGCAUCUAUUUCAUCAUCUACAUCGCGGCGCUAGUGUUGAAGAGCAUCGCCAGGCACAAGAUCACCUUCCCAGCGCACUUGGCUGACGCUGUGGCACAUUCUAGGUCCCACAGCGACUUCAGCUGGUGGGAUUUCACCGGGGAGAUAUUGAGAGGUAUAGAGAGCUUCGCUGAGAAGUAUGGAAAAAUUUCCUAG